GAUACUGAAGAGUUCCGAGAAAACUGUCUCCACUUUAACGCCACAUGGAAAGUCUGGAAUAUCAGGAUGUGACUUUGAUACUGUGCAAUCAUACACAUCUAUUUUUCUCUCUAAUUCUUUCAAGUUAAAAGACUGGAACCAAUUACGUCCACUUCCAAGUCAUGGUGAUAUUGAAGAGUUACGAGAAAACUGUCUCCACUUUUACGCCACAUGGAAAGUCUGGAAUAUCAGGAUGUGACUUUGAUACUGUGCAAUCAUAUACAUCUAUUUUUCUCUCUCAUUCUUUCAAGUUAAAAGACUGGAACCAAUUACGUCCACUUCCAAAUUAUGGUAAGGAACAAGCGUUAAAUCUCAGCCAAAAAGUAUCAUGCACUCAUGACAGCGAUCUGUUAGACAUUGGAAGAGAGCACUUCAUAUAUAAGAAUCUACCUGGUCUCUGCAGAAAAUGUUCAACAAGGAAACCUAUGAAACACGACGUACUUGAGUUCAUACAUCUGAAAGAACGCAGUAGUGCUUCCAAAGUUAUGGCAGCUGACGCAGAAGAGAAUGUUAGACAAGAGAACUUUGGCCACAAUACCAGGAUACGGCAUUUCUGUACAUCUUCUACCACGUUUGUAGCGCCGACCUCUUCAGAAAGGCAGAUGAGUUUCUCCAGCGAGUCUGAUUUGCUGCAUAAACGUGCGAAGCACAAAGAUUUGCAUCGCGAGAACAAGGAUUUGUCAUUCAGUGGUGAUGUCACAGCGUCUGACAGCAAUCGUGGUCAAAAUAACCCCACCUGUUGCCAGAUGGCAACACACCACAAGGACGUCUCAAUGCCUACACGCAAGCGGAUGAUAGUCGAUGAAUCUUCCACACAUGACACGCAUCCAGUCUGCAGUACUUCUCUUCCUGCCACGAUUCGGGCAUCUGAGAGUGACUAUCGCGUAACACGAUGCGAUGUGGAUUCACCAGGGGUGUUGGUUGAGGAAGCAGAUAUAGAGGUGAAACAUUGCCCACUUUGCCAGCAGAAGUUUACAGCUGACAUGACAAUGCUAGACAUUGACAAUCACGUUGCCACAUGUGUUGCACAGUCACUGGACGACGAGUCUGAUGUACGAAGUUGCCCCAUAUGCAACAUGAAAUUUACAACUGGAAUUUCACAGGUCGACGCCGAUGGUCAUAUUGCUCUCUGUUUGUCAGAAAAUGCGGUAAAAUGCAUUGUCAUUUGCGUUUCAUUACAUGACAGUGCAAACAUUGGCUGUGUAAUGUAUUUUGUGUAAUGUGUGUUGUAUCAUAGUUCAUUGCGAUUAAAUUAAUUUU